GACAGCUGACAAGAAUGACAGCUCGCGAAAAACAAGUCGAUUGUUGUGUCGGUGCGGUGUGCGGAUUAAUUAUGAGCUAGAAAUAAUAAAGUGGGUGCAUUCGUUUAAAUAUGGCUCAAGCGACGCUGCAGGAUUUGUUCGAGCUGCAGUGCGUGUUGAGGAACGUGCAGAUAAUCAGAUGCGCCCGAGUCGAGAACGGCGUGAAACAAUUGCUCGCACUAGUUACGAGCAAUGGAGAGAUUGUGCUGCACUACACCUUCGGGGAGCUUCCAGCAGUGAUCAAGAGGAUCCCCUGGCUGACGGAGACGGCCAAGAGCAUCGAAGCACUCUGCUUUGAUCCGUUCGCUAAUUGGCUGCUCGUUGUCACUCAAGACAGCUCUCUGUACAUAAUACCGGCGUUAAGUCUGGUUGAUAAGAAGCAAAAGGUGGACUGUAAAUGGUCGUUGUCCGAUGUGACUCACUUUAGUAAGCAUCAGAACGUUCCCGAAUUCAAGCCGAAAUGCGUGAUCUGGUGGCAGACGUUGGAUUGUAAUCAGAAUGCCCUGGUGGGUUACGAGAACGGUAACAUAGCGUUGAUCAGUCUGACCGAUGGAAGAUGCAUCGGUGUCUGCUCGGUCACGGAUUCGGUGCGGCAGCUGUACGUGUGCCAGGACAACUCUCUGGACUCUAUAUUUCUUCUGAUCAACGGAGAGAGUGGGCAGCAAUGGAGAUUGGUGCUGGAGCAUCAUUCCACCGGGUACCAGUGGCCUCCGGAUGCGGCCGUCGUCUGCGAUGACAGCACCAGGUCCCGGUUGUACAGCUUGAAGCAGAUGGGCGUCGAUAAGCUGGUUUCUCUGAAGCAGCGGAUUGUCGAUGGAGGAAAGCAUCAUUCCCGAAGGAACAGCCAGACCAGCGACACGGCCAGUGAGUCUUCGCACUCGGAACAUUCGAACCAUUCCUCGCAUUCGGUUCCCGAGCUUCUGCCGCACCUCUGUGAUACGUACUUCUCGCCGCAGUACGCACGCAGCAGAUACCUCUUCUGCGCCUUCUACAAGCCCUCCAGUCUAUUAACUGUACACACGGUGGACGUGGAAUCGGCCCCCCUGUACGUGCACAAAUUGCCACCCAGAUCCGAUUGGCUGCUCCUCACCGACAAGCUGAUCUACAUCAUCAACAGCCAAUACAAUGCGGUGUCCAUCGUCAGCGCUCACCUAUCCGAAUGCAAGCUAGAAGGAGAUUCGGAAUUCAAUGAGGAUUCGUUGAUCGGCCAUUUCAGCGUAGAGAACGAGCGCAUCCUGAACAUCUACAAGGUAACAGACACGACUCUGCUGAAAGGUCGUAAAGAUAACAAGAAGGAGAAGAGCUAUUCCUUGCCGAAGACUGUGGAUGAACUUAACAUUCCCAAGAUGAAGAUCGACACUUGCGUAAUCGUCACCAACAAUUCCGUGUACAGAAUCAUUGUCAGAUCUUCGCCAAUCAAAAAGUUCAUCACAUUCGUGAACGAAGACUGGAACCUGAUCAAGGCUGAAAGACUGGCGCUCGUCUUCGGUCUGAACAUGCAGCAGCUAUUCGAGAGUUGCGGUGAUCUCCUCAUCGGCAACCAUUCCUUCCAUCAAGGUCUGAUGCUCUACAAGCAAUCGAAAGUUCAUCUGCUGAAGAGAGUGCUGAAGCUGGCCGUGUCCGCCGACUGCAAAGCGCUCCUCAAGUACAUCAAUCUCUGUUUGAGCACAAGCAAAGUGGACAUGUCGAUGGCCACGAAGAUACACAUCGGCAAUUUAGCGGUCAUGGCGCACACGGAGAUGGUGCUCAGGCAUCCCGGACAUCUUCGAACCAUCUACACCAAAGAUUUCAUGACUUUUCUCUGUUACGAAGAGUACUAUGACCAAGUGCUUGCGGUGAACGUGGCUUGCCAGGCGGGGCACUGGAACGUCGUCACGCUGUUAGCACGAAGCCGCGGUCUACAGCCGGAGGUGGUCGCCGCCCUCAGUCAAGUCAUCCAAUCGGCUCGUUCCAUUCGCGAGUCGGAGGGAGGUUUCCUGUACGCCCUCUCCGAACCCUGCCUGACGCAGAGCCUCCUCAUCUAUCCAAGCUAUUCCCUCAUCAUCCUGCAUUACGUGCGCAACAAUCUCCAUCUGUUUCCCGUUGACAUCCUGCGACGAUUCACAGUGCAGUUGGAUCCGAGUCAGCCGUGCGCGUUGCCCGUAGUCAGCAAGAUCUUCCAGAAUAACCAUGGCAACAAGGGUUCAGGCCUAGACUCCACCUUGGACUCGGUGGAGUACGAACCGCCCAGCUGCAGCGGCGCCCUCGUCAAAGAGUUCAUCGAGUGCUUCAUUCUGGUGGUGCUCACGUUGAUCGACAAGGACGACGACAAAAAAUACGACAUCAGCUUACUGGAGAAGACCAAGGGAUGUGGUUACCAUGGAGAUCAACAGCAGGUGCUGAAAGAACUGCCGCGUCUGCAUCCGCUGAGCUGCGGAUACGAGCACGCUGCCGUCGUUCGAAACAAUUGCGUGUACACUAUGGGUCUUGCUACGUCGGGUUGCUUAGGUCUUGGUCCUCUCCUCACUCAGAGCAGUUCAUCCAAGCUCGUGCAAACUUUAGCUGAUCUCAAGGUGAAGGUGAUCAGCGUUAGUUGCGGCAGAAGACACACUCUAGCCUUGACCAAUUUCGGGGUGUACGCUUGGGGUUCGAAUGCGCACGGGCAGUUGGGUCUGGGCAGUUCCGUGCAGGAGUCUCCGUAUCCGCAAAUGAUCACCACGCUCUUCGACAAGAGGAUUGUGGACGUGGAGGCCGGUCAGUAUCACAGCACCGCACUCACGGUGACCGGUCAAGUGUACACCUGGGGCUGGGGUAUUCACGGACAGUUGGGUCACGGCACCUGCAACAACGAGUUUGUACCGCGACUCCUCGAUUUCAACAUGACGGUGAAGCAGACUGCCGCCGGACAUGCCCACACUCUGAUCCUUACUUCCGAUGGAAAGACCUAUGGCUUCGGCUCCAACCUUUUCGGUCAGUUGGGCUCUUGCAACGUGGACAGCAGCAAAACGACAAUUCCAAUCUGGGUGCUCGUCAUGCCCGACAUUUACACGCCCAUCGAACGUAUAUCCACCGCAUACUUUCAUAACGUGGCUGUGAGGGCGGAUCAGGAGGUGUACACGUGGGGCGCGAAUCCGCAGGAGGUACGGAUGUGUCAGUCGAAGUUCAGUCAGAAGCUGAACGUGUACGGAAGCAAGCCGUACGAACCGUGGAAAGCGAGCUUAAACAUCUACUCCAGCGGCAAUCAGAAGUCUGUCGACGAGUGUUCGGUGGGGUACAGACACAGCGCCCUGCUGCACGGUGGGAAACUGCUGUGGGGUUGCAGCAGAGACGGAGAACUGUGCGAACCGAAAAUACGUGAGCAAGAUCUGCUACGUGGAAUGCACCAGAAGUUCAUGCACGUGUCGUGCGGGCCCGAUUUCAUCAUGGCCGUGGAGAACUGCGGGAAGGUUUUGGCUUGGGGUAACAACCACAUGGCUCAGACUAUCCUAGGUAAGUCGUUCGACGACCAUCGCCACAGUGAGGGCAAAGUGGUCAUCAUGAGGAAUACGAAGCGGAUCAUAAAGAUCCCGAGCAGCGUUCCGGCCAACUCGGAGGGUUACCCAGUGGAGGUGCCCGGUUUGCCAACGCUGGCCAUCAACUACGGUACAGAGGACGAACGCGAGGAGGCUAAAAGAUUGCCGUUCUACGCGAUCCUCACCGUGGAGAACCGCCGACGACCUUACCACAUCUACACGAAGCCCCUCACCAAGACUAACUUCAACCCGGAGUUCCUGUGCACCGUGCCACAUCUGACCAUCGGUCAGAGGACACUUCACUACGUCCUCGAGACGUAUCACGGUCACUACGACGCCGAGUCCGUACUCUCCAAGUGCUUGGAGCUGCGCAACCAUCAGGCUGCCAGCAAACUCUCCAUCCUCGACGGCCACUUCGGCGACUCCCUCGCCUAUCAGCUGCAAACCUUCAAAAGCUUCAUGGACUCUUCAUCGCUGCAGCUGAAGUCGUCCAACAACGGCUACGACCUCAACAUCCUCGGUGAUCUGCGCAAGAACGAGUUCAACGGCAUCCGUUUCGAGUUCGGCGCUCUCAAUUCGCCGCCUCAGCACAUCCUCAGCUCGAGCUCAUCCCUGGACAGCAUCCGGCAAUGGGGUGACGAUCUGGACCAUCAGGGAGGCCGCGAGAGUCCCUGCCAGAUGGCCGAGAUGGGUGACAUCAAGCAGUCGAUGACGCAGUACGUUCAAUCGGUACGUAACGACGGCACCAUAACGACCAUCUCGAAGGUGAUCGAGGAGAAGCCUCGCUACCAGAAGACCCUGAUCACCAUAGACACGGAAGUGGACGCUAUGUACAAGGAUGCGCGCACCAGGGAGGUGAUCAAGACGGCAGCACUCCUCGUCGAGUUCUACAUCCGUAAGACGUACAACUCGGAGAACCACAUCCUCAUGCAGAACAUCCUGCUGAAAUGCAUCGAGUUCUGGCUGAACGGAGGCCUUCCUGUGACCAUCCUCGAGAUGGUCCUGCUGAAAAAUAUGGAUAAGUAUUUCUACCCGCUCUCCAUUCUGCUCUUCUGCAAGAACUUCAAUAACAAUCUGGGCGAGGAGAUCGCCGAGAACGAGAGACCCAGCUCGGCGAGAUUCCUGAAAGAGUUCUCCACCAAGUUUUGCCUUGAACUGUGCUCGAUGGUCCUCGAAAACGUGAACAAAGCGUAAGUCUCUCAGAAGAACGCAGAGAUAUA